GUUCGUUGGUCAGACGCUAUUUGCAGAAGGGAAAGACUCAUCAGAUUAUUCCAAAAAUAAAUAUCUCACUAUAAGAUAUUAUUUUCCCAAUCUGCCACUCUGAAAAACACAGAUUUUACUAUCCUCAUUUUCUUCUUGAUUCCUGAGCUCAGCCAUUACCACAAACCUCUCUCUUCUCUUCGAUUUUUCCGAUGACCGACGCAACUAUCAUCAAAAAGCUCCCAUCACUCACCGGCCUCCGUCAACGCCGGAACCCACUAGAAGAAAAUCCCUUCUUCCACCCUUCUCAUGGCUUCUACAUCAAUCCUUCCGACGUCAUCCUCUCCCAAGUCGUCUACGACCUCUCCUCCGACUCUCAGCCACUCGUCGCCUACCACAGAGCCGGUCCUCGCCGGGAGAUCCUCUACGAGCCUUCAUCUGUCAAGGCGGCGAUCGUUACUUGCGGUGGGUUGUGCCCGGGCAUGAACACCGUCAUUAGAGAGCUUGUGGUUGCUCUCUGGGAGCUUUACGGUGUGAGACAGAUCUAUGGGAUUCCAGCUGGUUACAGAGGCUUUUAUUCCAUGGAAGCCGUCGAGCUAAACCCAAAGAUUGUUCAUAAUUGGCACAAGAAAGGCGGCACUGUCCUCGCUACCUCCCGUGGCGGCUUCGAUCUCGCUAAAAUCGUCGAUGCGAUCCAAAUCAAAGGUUAUAACCAGGUCUAUAUAAUAGGAGGAGACGGGACGAUGCGUGGAGCCGUCGCGAUCUUCAAGGAAGUAAGCCGAAGGAAAAUGGAGGUGGGAAUCACAGGUAUUCCGAAAACAGUGGACAACGAUGUUGGCAUCAUCGAUAGAUCAUUCGGGUUUCAAACGGCGGUGGAGAUGGCUCAGGAGGCUAUAUCUGCAGCUCACGUGGAGGCCGAGAGUGCGAUCAAUGGCAUUGGGCUAGUGAAGCUAAUGGGGAGAAGUACUGGGCACAUCGCACUACACGCCACUCUCAGUAGCCGUGAUGUGGACUGUUGUUUGAUCCCUGAGAUGGGUUUCUACCUUGAAGGCAAAGGAGGUCUUUUUGAGUUUCUAGAGCAGAGACUGAAAGAUAAUAAGCACGCCGUGCUUGUUGUGGCUGAAGGGGCUGGACAAGAGAUGAUCCCAAGGAAUGAGACGCAGAAACAAGAGAGGGAUGAAUCUGGGAACUUAGUUUUCUUGGAUGUUGGAGUUUGGUUGAAGUCAGCGCUCAAGGAAUGGUGGGGGAGAGAUCAUCCAGGGGAGCUGUUCACUGUGAAGUAUAUUGAUCCCACUUACAUGAUAAGAGCUGUACCUGCAAAUGCUACGGAUAACUUGUAUUGUACGCUCUUGGCUCACUCGGCUAUCCACGGAAUCAUGGCUGGUUACACAGGGUUCGUGUCUGGCCCGGUCAAUGGGAACUAUGCUUAUAUUCCAUUGGAGGAGGUGGCACAGGCUAAGAAUGAAGUGAACACGAGUUGCCACAAGUGGGCGUGGGUGCGCUCAGUCACAAACCAGCCUGAUUUUGAAAAGAAAUGUUAAGGGGCAAGCACCGUGAGACCCUUGAGAAGGUUAGAUGGUAGGAAAGAAUGAGAGAGUGAAGCGAAGAUCUUGUAAGCUAUAGUUAUAAUCUCUUGUGUAUGAUCAAAAACAAUGCAACUAUCAAGGCAAUCUAUCCCCCUUA